AUGACUUCGCAUUUGCGGUGCAUGCGGUCAUCCUUAGUGGAAUUACUUACUCGCAAUUCUGGCCAGCAAUUUGGGGGCUCCGAAGUGUCUCGGACGCAGCGCCUCAGCAAGCCCAUCGCGGGCCUGUUCUGGGGUUCGAUCCUGGUACCGAUAAUCGUUGUUGGCAUUGUCGCAGUGUCAAGCCCGAAUGGGGGCUACGAUCCCUCCUAUUGGGCAUGGAUCGACGUGAUCUACGCCUUCUCAUAUGUCAAAGUGGUAAUUACGGUGGUUAAGUAUCUGCCCCAGGCAUGGUUGAAUUACAAGCGCCAGUCAACCGAAGGCUGGAGUAUCUCUCAAAUCCUGCUCGACUUGGCGGGCGGGAUCCUGUCGUUGGUGCAGCUGGUCUUGGAUUCCAGCCUCCAGAGUGACUGGAGUGGGAUCACGGGCAACCCAAUCAAAUUGCUUCUGGGGAAUAUCACGAUUGUCUCGGACGUGGUCUUCGUGGUUCAGCACUAUAUUCUAUAUCGGGAUCAGGCAGGACCCAAGGCUCAACCGGCACGAGACAUCACGACCCCCCUGUUGGGUGACGCAGAGGCAUCAUGA